CUGCAGAGACUCUCAGGGUCUUGCUGCCGGGCGAAGAAGGAAAAAACUCGUGCGAGACAGCCUCGCGGAGUAUAAGCCGAAUGGCUGUUUGAAGUGUCAAAAAGGAAGCAAAGCGAGUGCAGGUUUCGUAGUCUGCUCUCCCUUCUCACCAGUCCGCCUUCAGGCUUUUUUUUCCAGCAGUCGACGUAGAAAUCAGCUUCCUUUCUCACUUCAUUCCGCCUUCCCGGCCAGGUGUAGGUGAAGCCCCAGCGCCAGCGUAGCUGGUUCACAAGCUGCUGUGCCGUUGCCACAGGUCUUCGCCGAGAAGAGCGAGAAGAUUUGGCGUCCUUGUCUUCUGCGUCUCUCCUCUUUUUGUAGUUAGUCUCCUGCUGCUCUCGACUCUCCCCUCAAGGCCUUUUGCGGCCCUCAGGUCUCCCUUCCUCGCCUCUUUCCAGCAGACCUUCGGAUCCGAGACGGGAGAUAUAAGAGGGAGAGGAGGAAAGAGAUAAAGCGGCAGAGCCAGAAGGGGAGAAAGGAGGAGAGCAGCACGCAGAGAAUGGACGAUAGGAAGCAGCGACAGAGAAGGAGACAAAAAGGCAGAGAAAGCAGGAGGGAACGGCCGAGAGAAAGAAAGAGAGACAGGCAAGGAGAUAGAGGAGGAGAGAACCAGAGAGAGAGAUAGAAGAGAUAUGUGAUAAAGGAGAAGGAGGAGAGGAGGGAGCUGAGAGAUACGUGAGAGGGGCAGGAAGGAGAGGAAAGGAACUAUGCAGAGGAGUGAAAGAGGAAAGACAGAUGGUGGUGAGGACGGGGAUGAAGAAGUUGAGCCAGCGAAGAGAGGUUCACAGCAGAGAACGAGAUGGGGAUUUUCACAUAAUCUCUUCGUCGGGAUCGUGGAAAAGGAAUGACAGUGGAGAGCGCGGUUUUUCUGGUGUGUCUUUCGUUCUGUCUUUUCUCUAUCUCUCCUUUUGCGGGAGCGAUGGUGGUUCGUCCCCUGUGUUCUUUCUCUCGUUUGAGUCUUUUUUUCGUUCUCCACGGCGUCUCUGUUCCCUCUUUGUUUUCCCUUUCUUACUACUUUCCUCUAUUUGAUUUCUCCGUCUGUUCGCCGUCUUCUUCGUGCGCCCGACGCCGUUCUUCUUCACCUCUCUGUCACCUGAGUUUCGUCUCACUCGCCAUCUGCUGUUUGAUUUUUCUCUGAAGAGAGGAAGGCUUUUUCUCUCUCUCACCUUCUUCGUCUUCCUCCAGUGCCAGAUCCUCGUCCCUGUGCGUUGUUUUUUUUGUUUUUUUACCUCUUUGUUGUCGCUUUUUUCGUCGUCUUCGUUCCUCCGUCGUCACACAAACCUCCCCCCUCGCCGUCACGCUUCCCUGCAGAGCCGCGCCAUCUUUCCCGCAUCGUCUUUGUAUGUCUUUGUCUUUCCGGAGGCUUCUGCUUUUCCACCUCGUCAGCCUUGUGUCUUUGUUCUCCUCUCUUUCCUCUCCUCUCUCUCUUUCCUCUCCUCUCUCUUUUUCCUCUCCUUCGUCGCCUCCCUGCCUCUUCUCCCUCGCUUUCUCGUGCUUUCACGCUCGCCUCCGUCUCCUCUGUUCUCCCCGCGUCUUCCGCCCUCCACCUUCUCCGCGUCCUUCCUUUAUAGGAAGAAAGAAGCGCCAGCCUGCGCCCAUGUUCAGUCCCCACCCUCCACGGGGCGAGGGCCUAGGGACCGUCCCCUCUGUGGGGCCCCUGGGCCGCGACGAGGCCGCGCUCCCCGGGGCCCACGGGCCACAGGGAGGCCCCUGGGGGCCAAGUGGCCCGGAGGGGCCCGCACCGUCGGGAUUGGGGGUGCUGGAGGGCCGCGAGGAGACUCGGCGGGAGACCGAGUGGGGCGAGGGUCGGGGCGCCGAAAGAGACUUCGAGGGAUUUGAGGCGCGGAGAGAAGAAGAAGACGUUUUCAGAGACAGAGGCGAGAGGAGCGCGAGCGCGGAGGCGGCCAGAGACGGCCGCCGCGAGGAGAAGAAGCGAAAGGUCGGCAGAGACAAAGCCGAGAGAAAAGAGAAUGUCGCCUGGGUCGUCAGCGUGUACACCGUGGUGCUCCUUCUUCUCUUCCUCGCAUGCGCCGUCGCAGGCGUCUUUGUGGGGAUCAUCGUCACCUCCCCCACCGUCCGCGUCGCCACCUCGGCGCUGCGCCUCGACGGGACAUCGAAUGAGAACGAAGCUGAUGUCUACGGGAGCCCCUCAGUGUGGCACUUCCGCGUAAAUGCUGCGGGAAACUUGGAGAUGGGCGGCAACGUGACGUUUGCUUUGCCUCUUAUCAAUCCCUCCAUCUUCACUCUCGACUUCGCUGUCGAUGACCUGUCUGUCUUCUACUACCCCAUCGGCAAAAGCUUCCAGUGUCUCCUCUACCACGGCGGAAUCAUUGGGGACGAGGAACAGCCUCUGUUCCUACACCGCGAGUUGAUUGCCAAUCCCACGAAUGGAAAUUCUUCGCGCUACAUCAGUCCUCUCUCGUUGAGCGUGAAGCCGACAGACGGGUCGAUCAGCGAGGAGGCGACCUUCCGCAUUCAGACCGCCUUUGGUGUCGAGGUCCCUGCGGCGUCUCUGCCCGAGGUCAAGCCGAUUUUCGAUGACUGUCGCCAGCAUCAGACUCUCAUUUACGCAGUCGAAGUGGGCGCGGCCUACUCGAACUCGCCUCUCACUCGAGUCCAGAUGCCGGGACCGAUCGAGGUCGUGGCUGCGCUAGCCUGCUCGAUCGGCCCUGGCGUUGAGGCGCUGUUCAGCCGAGUCGACCGCGUCUUCAAAUCCGUCAUUCUGGCGAAUCUGGAAAACAAAGAUCUUGUCUUCGACUCCGGUGUACCGUGAAACGCGUGGAAGCCGCUUCAGGUGCACGCUACCUGAUGGUGCCGAAAAACCGCAACUCGCAAUGAUUUCAC